AUGCCUGCAUCCGCCCCUGCAGUACAUACCCCUUUGUCCUUUACAGUGUCCGUAAUUCAAGCUUUCCCCCCUCAGCCUUUGUCCGCGGAACGAGACCCGCGCCAGGCGGGCCGCGACCGGAAGGCUUUCCUGGAGACGUCGCUGACGGAGGCCUUCGAGCGUGGGCGGCCCCGGGUGGUGGUGAAUUGCAGCUUCGACCAGUCCAUGGACGUGCGCGAGCUCACCUCGCUGGCGAAGCAAAUCCAGCUGGCCUACACGCAGGCGCGGAACAUGGGCAGCAAGGUGCAGUUGCACCUCACCUCCUUGGGUCCCGAAAACCGCGCCUGGCGGGGCUUGGAAGCUCAAGGGGUGAGGGGUUGGAAGAUGCAUCUCCACGAGAAGUCGGUCUGGGAGGUUUUUGCAGAGGAAGCCAGGUCUGGCAAGCUGGUGAUUCUAACGCCCGAUGCCGAUGAGGAACUGGUGGACGUCUCCGACGAGGAGGUCUACGUCAUCGGCGGCAUCGUGGAUCGCUCCGUGAAGAAGAUGCAGAGCCUGGCGCAGGCCCAGGAGUUUGGAGCCCAGAAGCUUCGGAAGCUCCCGCUGAAGAGCUUUGGCCCCAAGGGCUGCUGCCCCGUGCUGAACGUGGACUGUGUGGCCCGGACGCCGAGAGGUUUUGGGGGGUCGGAGUGGAGGACAGUAGGAGGCUUGGACGAUUUCUGGUGUUGUAUAUGA